AUGACCUUGACGUUUGCUGAGAAGAGUAUGAAUCACAGUUUCAUCGCGUGCGGAGAUCUUCCUGGACUCGCUGCUGCCACAAGCCCAAGGCGAUGCUGCACCCUUGCAACAGGACCCAAGACCCUGGAAUAUUUCAUUGGGGGCCAGGACUUCGCUGUCGGCAGCGCUGUCGGCGGCUUCCGCCUCGCUCGGGUUCUCCGCGCCUCCGAUCGGAAAGGGCAAUUGCAAGGGCAAUUGAAAGUGAAGUACUUCCAGGACAGAGCGGAGGGUGGUUUUGUCUUAGGGAGACGUGUUACUGGCAUUGACGAGGCAAGCAUCCUGAUGCAGGUGACAUUGGAUAACGUUGCAAAAGGAAAAGAGAGCAUAUUCUUGCUAUCCAAGAAUGACGAGAAGGAAAUACUGCGGCUGUUGAACCUUUCUGCGAAGGACGAAGGAAUUGGAAAGACGGAAAGCAAUGCAUGUGCCAUUCCGAAGCAAAGAAAGAGGAAGCUCAACAUGGAAGAUAGAGUAAUGGAUGAUGGGAAAAAGAAGCGCUUCAAGAACGUCUCCUCUGGAGAGAAGCUUGUGAGUGAACUGAAAGAGCCUAGUUUCGUCACAGAAACGCUAAAGAAUCGAGGCGGCUGCCAUUCCUCUCCAAGCUGCCCUAUGCGAUCCUGUGGGAACCGCCACGCCUACAUAUGCCCCCUCUGCGGCCUGGCCAUCCCAAACGGCAGGCUCUUCGACCACUGCAAAUCCAAGAAGCAGCAGCUGACCCACCCUCAUCGCUCCAACCUGAUCAUCAUGCAGUUCACCCAGAAAGCGCUGGGACGCCUCCACAAGACCCCGUGGACCAAGGACGAGAUGAAACGGAGGAAGCGGGAGUGGCCGUGCAAGGUGUGCGGCAAGGAAACGAAGGACGUCAAGAAGCACAUCGUCAAGAACCACGAAGACGACCGAAGGAAGGCGGCUGAAUUGGCAGCAUUGUCCAUCGUGGAACAUCUU